UAUUGGUUAAUAUCAGCAGGUUAAAUCGAGGAUCGUAUUUUUGUUCCUGUGUCAACGUUAAAGCGAAAAGGACAGUAAUCAGGGUUUUUUUUGUGAUUAAGUUUCUACAAAAUACUUUUUCUCAAAUAGUAGCAGAAAAAGCUUCGUUUUAUCCCAUUCCAGUAAACAACCAUUCACCAAAAAGAUCUCAUUUUCGAAGAUGAACUCAAAUGUUGAGAAUUUGCCCCCUCAUGUUCUGCGCUUGGUCUACAAAGAGGUAUCAGCUUUAGCAGCAGAUCCACCUGAAGGUAUAAAGAUUUAUCCUAGUGAGGAAGACAUAACUGAACUCCACACAUCCAUUGAAGGACCAGAGGGAACUCCAUUUGCUGGUGGCAUUUUCCGAAUGCGUCUGGUCCUCGGGAAGGACUUCCCUGCUGUUCCACCCAAGGGGUAUUUCUUGACCAAGAUUUUUCAUCCCAACGUCGGCCACAAAGGAGAAAUCUGUGUGAAUGUGCUGAAGAGGGACUGGAAGGCAGAGCUCGGGCUCAGACACAUCUUACUUACCAUCAAGUGUCUUCUAAUCCAUCCAAACCCGGAGUCGGCUCUGAACGAGGAGGCCGGGCGCUUGUUGUUGGAGGACUAUGCAGAGUACGAGUCCCGAGCCCGCCUCCUCACAGAAAUCCACGCUAUGGGCGGUACGUCGGGGGCACCUCAGGAUCCGAAUGACGGCCCUCAGCCAAAAAAGCACGCGGGCGACCCUACAAAGAGAGCAGGACCCAGUGUACCAGCAGGUCUGGGUAACAGUGCCAAUGGAGCCAGCAGCAAUAGCAACAGUAGCAGCAACAUCAAUAAUGUAGUGAAAAAGAAAGCCGAUAAGAAGCGCGCAUUGAGACGACUUUAAUACCUCAGUGAAACUUUCUGUGUGUCUGAGUGAGUGAAUGAAUUAAAGGAAGUGUAAAUAUAAAUAUUGAAGUGUGCUGACAGAACCAUUUUGUUCACAUUUUUUGUUAAGUUUUCCGAUUAGAGUCAAGAAUGUCCUUCCUAGCCUUUGUUUUGUCAUCUGUUUAAAUCAUCCUGUCAUCACAGAUCUAGUUCUUUUCAGUCCUAAAGCUAUUGUUCCUCCUGAAAAAAGGAAAUUAAAUUUUUUUUUACUUUUAAACCAUGUCAUUAGUUUUGUUUUAAAUUCGGCCCACUUUGAUUGAAUAACAUAAAAUGACUUUCAGUCGGAGGAAAAAACAAAAACCUUCAACCAGACAAAAGUAUUGUUGUCUUUGUUGAUAGGAUGUCUUUUUGAGAUGUUUUUUUUUUUGCAUGUGUGGCUGUGAUGGUACUGUGUACUGCUCGGCCUUCGAUCUUCUUGGGUCCAAACGACUGUGCUUAUUCAAUUCAUAUCAGGUUUUCAAGUCGAGAUCCAAGGAGAUCAUGGAAAUUUGUACUAAAAAGGAUUCUAAAAAGAAUGGUUCACCAUUUGGGGAGAAUUAUUGCCACUAUUUUGCAAAAGCAAACAUUUUUCUAAAUGUAUUUUUUAUGUUGUGAUCUAAAUUUUGUAAAACUAAAGUUAGAAGUGGCAUCAUUUGCCCCCUUUUUUGAUGUUAUUUCACUGUCUAGCAUUUUCAGAACAUGUGAACUAGUCAUGUCUAUAUUCAGCUGUCCUGCCUCUGUGUGAAUGGAGCAGUGGCUGUACACGAGCAGAAAUGGUUCUAUGGCAACUUCUCCAAAAGGCCCAUCCUCUUCUAAAAAGCAGGGCUCCAGCAGCCCAUGUGGGCACUGAGGAGACUUUAUUAUCCUACCUGUUUGGGCUCUGCAUUCUCUUUUUCCAAUAAAUGAGCUUAAAAUGUCUUAAUUUAAAAUAGAAAGUUGCCUCUGGAAUUUCUGCCAAACUUUUGGCUCACUUGUUUUCAUUUUUAAAUAUUUAAGUUAAUAAAAACAUUGAGAAACCACCA